GAGGGGGGAGCGAGGAGUUCUCGUCCUCGUUUUCUCUAAAAUGGCGCUGGCUCUGCUUCGGCGGCAGAGGCCGCUCGGGACUCUGAGCGGCGAACUGCGUCCCCUCUGGCUCGGCUGCGGGGUUUGGGGGACUCUGACACACCAGUUCCCGGCGCGGGGGUUGGAGCUGGGGCUGCAGGGAAGGAUGCUUGGGUACAUCCUUGGGGAAAGCUGGGGAGGGACUGUUCUCAAAGGCUUGUAGUGACAGGAGGAGGGACAAUAGGUAUAAACUGGAGAGGGGCAGAUUUAGGCUAGACGUAAGGAGGAAUUUCUUCACCAUGAGGGUGGUGUGAUGCACUGGGACAGGUUGCCCAGGGAAGCUGUGGAUGCCCCAUCCCUGGAGGUGUUCAAGGGCAGCUUGGAUGGGGCCUUGGGCAGCCUGGUCUGGUGGGAGGUGACUCUGCCCACGGCAGGGGGUUGGAACAGGGUGAUCUUUAAGGCCUCUUCUAACCCAAACUAAUCUAUGAUCUGUCCAUCCUCCCACCUGUGGGGAGUUGCCUACCCUUCAAGUUUUUGUUUGGGAUCCAUCCAGGUAGUGGUGUAAUGAGGACCCUGCUAACUAGAAUGAGAAUGUGGACUAGAGUGACAAGCAUCCUAUCCAAAUUACCUUUGAAUUAACAGUCUAGGUAGCCUCUUUGGAACAAUACCUUCUGAAAGAGACCUUCUCUCACCUAUAUCCCUCUAUUUGGGGGGCUUUUUUUCCCCUUGCUCUCUGCUCACAGCGAAACCAGUGUCUGGGUGUACCAAGUUCUGUGAUGGAGCAGACCUAAGAGCUUUCUGGAUGGUUCUUUUGCACUACAGCUCUCUCCCUCUUUGGUUCUCUUAUUUUCCGUGUAACUAACUGUGCUGUGACUGGAGCCGCUGAGAUGAUGAUGCUGUUUAAAGUGUCGUCUGUAUAUUUGAUCUGGACUGUUUCAGUGUUCAUACUGCCUUAAUUUGGAGGAUAGGGAGACUGUUCUCUAGAAUGGAAUGGAAGAAAUGGGCAAAAAGCUGUUGUAUGAAGUUCUAGAGUGAAGACUUUUCUUGUCAUGUAGCCUAGAAUGUGUCCUCUCUGCAAAGCUCCUAGACACAGAUCACAGCUUCAAGUAUAGUUUUAGAGUAGUUUUGUCUUAUGGAAGCCUAUGCAACCAUCUUGCAGUCCAAAAGACAGUUCUGUGACCCUCUGUUGUGACUGCACAGCCUGUGCCUGUAACGGCCUUUCUAUAUGCUCAUGUGGGAUACUGAGAAAUAACUGGAAAAAUUAGUCAUGCAUAAAUUGAAAUGCGUUUCUUUCUGCUUAAAACAUCUGGAUGGACUGUGUUUAUCUUUAUUUCACUUCCUCACUGAAGUCCUUGAUGUGUGAAAGUAUAGCUUGACUCUCGGUGGCAGUGCUGUCUUAAAAGUUAUACUGACAAGCUGAAAAAAACCCAGGAAUGUGAGGAUGUCAGGUCUGACUUAGAUUACUGUGUGACCUGGCCACUAGUUGUGCUGGCACACCAUGGGAUACGAUGGAAAGGCUGUCCUGCUAAGAAACUGCAGAACUUUCCCAGAAGUGAACUACCUCUUAAAAUAUAAAGAAAUGGACGGGAUGGAUGAAACAUCUAAAAGAAUUCUAGAGCCAUACCAGUAUUUACUUCAACUACCAGGUAAGCAAGUGAGAACCAAACUGUCACAGGCCUUUAAUCACUGGCUGAAUGUUCCAGAAGAUAAAAUACAGGUUAUCAUUGAAGUGACAGAGAUGUUGCACAAUGCAAGCCUACUUGUGGAUGAUAUCGAAGAUAAUUCAAAGCUACGACGGGGCUUUCCAGUGGCACACAGCAUCUAUGGAAUUCCAUCUGUAAUCAACUGUGCUAAUUAUGUGUAUUUCCUUGGCUUAGAGAAGGUUUUAACCCUUGAUCAUCCAGAUGCUGUUAAAGUUUUCACCCGUCAACUUCUGGAGCUCCAUAAAGGUCAAGGCUUGGACAUUUACUGGAGAGAUACUUACACCUGUCCUACAGAAGCUGAAUAUAAAGCUAUGGUACUGCAAAAGACAGGUGGUCUCUUUGGAUUAGCUGUAGGCCUCAUGCAGCUCUUCUCAAAUUAUAAAAAAGACUUAAAGCCACUUCUUAACACACUUGGCCUCUUCUUCCAAAUAAGAGAUGACUAUGCCAACUUGCACUCAAAAGAAUAUAGUGAAAACAAGAGUUUUUGUGAAGACUUAACUGAGGGCAAGUUCUCAUUCCCAACCAUUCAUGCAAUUUGGUCAAGACCUGAAAGUACUCAGGUGCAAAACAUUUUACGUCAAAGGACAGAAAACGUAGAUAUAAAAAAAUACUGUGUACAUUACCUUGAAAAUGUGGGUUCCUUUGAGUAUACUCGGAAUACACUGAAAGAGCUUGAAUCUGAAGCCUAUAAACAAAUUGAGUCACUUGGGGGAAAUCCUGAGCUUGUAGCACUAGUUGAACAGCUGAGCAAAAUGUUCAAAGAAACAGGAAAUUAAGAAUUUUACCUCCUGUGGGUGGAGUAAAACUUUUUUAAAUAGGAUAGUAGCCAGGCUGAGUGGUAUGAUAAUCAGUCUUGUUUAAAACUUUUUCUUGUAGCUACAUAACAGAAAUCACUGUUAAAAUAGUUUGUCAUUGAAUAUUGAAAUAUAUACCCUAAAUCUAUCCAGUCUUAAUUUUAGCUGCUUACAGAUAGCUUUGUUUAAAGCAAAUGUACUGGAACUGAAACAAGUUCUGAGUACAAAUGUGAUCAUGUUUACACGGUCAUCAGCAUUAUUUCUGGCCCAAAACUCUGAUCUUUAACCAGGCUGUGGAAGGUUUUUGGCUCUAACUAUGUUAAACAAAAUCAGAUUGACGCGAGUGUAUUGUGCGUUUUCAGACAAUGCUCUGGUAAACCAAAAUGUACAGUGUUAAAUAAUAAGAGAUACUUGCAACCACAGUGCAUGUAAAACUGUUGUGUGAUCUUUCAAAGCUAGACCUAUGAAGAGCAUAUGGAUCAGCUUACUAAGUUCUAAAGUGAAUAUCCUAUCCAGCUUCUGGGGUUGUUUUCAGGGGAAGGCAAAUUAUGGAAGAUAGUAUUGUAUAUGCAAAGAAGACUAAUGUUUAAUCUGAAAUUGUGGCUUUAUAAAGAUUUCUAAAUACUUUAAAGAAAAGAUUCCAUUGCAUCAGCAAAGCAUAAGUUUGCUGAUGGUUCCAGUUUUGCAGUGAAUAAUUUUGAUCAUGUGGUUUCAGAUUUUUAAAUUGUCAAAUAUCUUGUGGCGAGGGACUUAAAUCUGUGCAUUAGAGCUCGUAAGUGUAACUGUAAAUAGCAACAUGUUAAGCUCAUACUAGAAAUGGAAUGGGAUUCACACCAGGUAGCUUUAAGACACACUAAUUGGUGGAGUUCUCUUUAAUCUCUGCUUAUAAUUGAGAGGGGUUUCUCUAGGAGUUGAUUCAUAAUUCAUACCACUUUCCUGUUCUGAGUUGCUAUCUGGAGGCAUUUACACGUCUCUCCAAAUACACAAGUUCUGUAACUUUUUGCUGAAGCAAAGUACAGCAUCUUGUUCGACAAGCUGUAAUACCACUUCAGUUUUGUUAAUUGCUUAAAUAGUGCUUUAAAAUUGUUUACACAGACAUACCAAAGUAAAAUAGGAACUGAGAGCUAGACUGAAGGGGGAAGGGGAGGUGUGACAAAACUAUUUGCUCAUCUGUAUAUAAAUAUAUAUAAAGGAGAACAAAACAUAAACAGAGAUGUUUAUUUCUUCUUGGCUGGGUUGCCUUUAAUCAGGUUCAGUUCCCUUAGUCUUUACAGACACAAAGCUUUGCUGUGGAGUAGGGAGGUAAUAUUUUGGAUCAAAGUUAAGACUAGUGCUAUCAGCAGUGGUGUUAGCUCAAGCAUACUCUUCAAAAGAAAUGUCCAGAGGUACUUGACUUCUGUCAGCUGAAGGAUAAUUUUGUGCAGGUGUUUGUUUACUGUACCUGGAAAGCAGGAAGAGUCAUGGUCUCAACCCACUGAGAAAAUGAACUGAAGCUGUUGUUGUAAAGUCUUCCCUGGGCAGCCUUAAGAUUCUUUUGAAAGUGUUCGAGCAUGAAAAAGUCCAGGACAACUGCUUUCAGUCAGAGACGUUAUGUAGUUAUGGAUGAUAGCCUCUCUCUUUUAUGUGCAUGCUGAGGGAGGAGUCUUUAUCUGCUCUGUGAUUAGGCACAGAAUAAUAGCCUUUUCACUGAAUGGCCCUUGUUGCCGGGACUGAGUAGCUUAGUUAUUGAAAGAUGUCUUUUCUUUUAAUGUUAAUGACGGUGAAUUGUAAUUCCUUUUUUAUGACUUGCAGUGCUUAGUAGUAAGCCUGUACGUUUUUUGAAGUUUUAUGAGAAAACACUGUCUGCAGCAAAGUACAGUGUUUAUUUUGUGCCAUGUUUUGGGAGUUUCCAAGCACUGUUGCAGUUGAUGUUGAAUGAGGGAGAGCACUGGAAAAACUGUUAUUGUCAGGAGAUUCUCCUGAAAGUCUUACUGUAAAAGCUAUCCUUGUGCCUGUUAGGCUGUUGUAAGUAAUAGAUACAAUGCAAAGGGCACUUAGUGCCAUAUCAUGUCUGCUCGGUUGCUGGAUGUAAACAGUUUUGUGUAAUCAGACUUUCCUAAUGAGAUAGCUUUUCUUAUUUUUGUAUAAAACUUCUUUACCAUCUGAAUCCUCUGCUAUGUUGUCACUUCUUUGGUUAAUUCUGGCAAUUCACCCCAGUUUUUAUUCAAAUACCAUAUCUCGUAGAAUGUGCUUCCAUUAACUUAGGAAAAAGUACAUUGGAAGUUUUCCAGCUGCAGGCCCCUUAAACCACAAGAGUAAGAAGAGAAAAGUGUCCUGGGAAAAGAAAGCUGGACCAGCCAGAAACUAUGUAACUGUUCUUACUCUUCUGCCUUCAAGGCUUUUGGUAGUGGUGUUUAAAGCAUACCCUGAGGGUGUAUCUUAAAAGGCCCAGAAGCAAGGUAUCAUUGAUCUUCUCUUUGGUUAGGAUGAGGCCUCUGAGUUUUUCUUGAUGUAUUCAGGAGUGGGGAAAAGACCAACAUCUUCUCUCUUCAUCUGUCAAGCGGGUAGAGCAUCUUAAGGAUUAAAUGUCAGCAGUGAUGAUGCCUAAUAGUCAAUGUCGGUUUUGCAUUUGGUGCCAUAAGAUGAGACUGUGCAUCCUCAUCAAUAUUCUGCAAUAUUGACUCUGGUACAAUAAUACUCCUGGUCUUAAGCCAUGUUAGAAAAAUCACUUCUUUAAGGCAGCAGGAGAGUUCUUGUGGAUGCAGAAUUAGUUUAGUUGUGUAAGUGCUGCUCUUUGUUGCCAUGCCUCCCACACAGGGAGUAGAGGUUUUUUCACUGAUCUUGACAAGAGAUGCAUUGCUGUGGAAUGGGAAUCUGAGUUGCAAGUGAGUUUCCUUCACUAUGGGAAAUGCCCAUAGUGAAGGAAAGGGGACGCUGGUUUCAAUGUCAGUCCCUCUGAGCCAGAACUCUUCCCCUUAUCUUCCUGCCAUUACCAACAAGUUCUGCUUUGAUCAGGUUACCAGCACAUUUCUUGGGGUUUUAGAUUUUGCAGUGUGUGUAAGGAGAAGCGCAAAUCCUCAUCAGUUUCCAGUAUUUCCCCCUAUCGCAAGCUGUUUUCUGACUGUGUGCUUACUUGUGUGUAAAUGAAUGCUGUCACCUGUCUUUGAGUGGCUAGUCAUUGAGUGGAAUAUCUGCCUCAACUUCUUCAAAUGCUGAUGUUAUCACAGUCAAUUAUAGUGAAAAUUGCAUGAUUUCAGGCUCUUCCUGAGGAGAUCGCUUGUCUUCCACUCUGCCUUUGAGCUCACGCUGUUCAGGUACCCACUAGGAGCAACUUUGUAUGUAUGUGCCUGUUGUUGAUGCAGCCAUCCUAAAAAUGUUGAUGGCAUUGUGAAAGUAGCUGCUAAAACAUCUUUAUGCCAUCAGCUUUGAGAGUUGGACUUGGUGAUCUUAGAGGUCAUUUCCAACCUUAAUGAUUCCAUGAACUUUAUGGUUGAUUUUGCUAAUUAUGAAAUAUCUACAUGCCUCCAUGUGCUAUGGAAAUUUUCUGUAUUAUGGCAUCUUUCCUCAGUUACUGUUCAAAUGCUAAAAUGGUGCAAAAACAUGGGAUAUUUGUACUUUUUCACCUUCUUAUCUAAAACUCGCUUGAACUGUAAUGUGUCUUCAGCACUGAACUGGGCCAGGCUUUUAUUAAUUUGCAACAGCUAUGUAGGUGUCUAUUGCUCUUCCUCAUUCUGUCUUAAUCUUAUCAUUUUACAUUUCAGAUUUGAUAUUUACUAUGUUCUUUGUAUUAUUUGCUCAGUACUUUCAUUGUAGUUCUUUUCUUUUCUCAGCUUUAUUUCUGUUCUGCUACUAACACCGUAGCACACACAAUGCCAUCAAACACAUUGUUGAUCCAAGACAAACAAAAUAGUCUGGCUCUGCUUUUGAAACAUUAAAUCUUGCCUUAUCAUAUGCCUUCAAGAAAAACUAAUCCAAGAUUUUCUGCAGUCUUGAAAUGCCAGAAGCUUUUUUUCCAAGAAGCCUGCAACAUAUUUUGUAUUGCCGUACGUUAUUUUUGUCCCAUAUAGCUUGAGCUCCUUUUCCUCUGCUACCCAUUUGCUUUCAACACCUAUUUUGCUUUGGUCGUAAUGCUUAUUAAGCCUCUCCGUGAAACAACUUAACUCACUGGCCCUGGGGGAGAGGAGUUAUUUAUUUUUGUCUGGAUUAAUGAAUUAUCCCACUCAGCAAGAGCCUGAUGAAUGUCAGAGCUGGCAGGUGGACAGAGGCAAAAGCAGAGCUGGGGAAAGGCUUUGAGAGGAAAAGAAAACCCAUUUUAGGCUCUGAGACUGUCUCAUGAAAUUUCAACUUGUUUUGCAGCAUCUCAUUCACUUUGUCUGGUUAAGCUAAAGAGCAUGGUUAAUUUCCGCGAGCUUUCCUUCUUGCUUUCCAAACAGAAUGUAAAACAUAUUAAAGUUAAAAAAUAUUUAUUCUGAUAGUUAUUUAUAUAUGCUGCUUACAUAAGGUUUUGAUUGAAGAUACAGAUCAAACAAAGAUUACAUUUUCAUGUUUAUAUCUUCCUUUUAUCGAUUUUUCUAUUCUUGAAGCCAGGGAGAAAUAAUCUGCUAUGUGCCUGCUUGACUUGAUUGUUACCUCACAUUAACAUCUUUCCUGAAUAACUUUUAUGAUAGCACUGGUGCUCAGCUCACUCUUUCUUCAGUAUUUUUUUCAAAUUACUUCAGAAGACGCUUUUGUCAGGUGUGUCUAGAAGUAAUUCAAGAUGCAUUAAUUCACUUUCAUUCAAACGUAUUAUCUGCAAAAUUUAUAUUUAAGGUGUAGGUUAAACUACAUGAAUUCUGACAGCAUUCCUCACCUGUGUGCCCUGUGGAACAAACAAGUUCUCACCUAACUCAUUGAAAAGGCUUUACUAAGCACCUCUGUUUACUACAGCAUAGAGAACCAUGGGAGUUAUCCAAAGAAGGCCUAAUAGGAUGCUUCCAAGGAGAGCACUGCAAAACCUGACAUGAAUAUGUGUGGAAGAGUAACUAUGAUGUGAAGGGAAGUCAUGUAUAAUUUUCUGCUUUUGAACUCUACAACAACCCAUGAAAACACUCUCCUACUCUGUCAGUAUAUGACUUAUAUGCUGUUGGCAAGCAGUUGCAUCUCUUCUUGAGUGCAAUAAAUUAUUUUCACUCAUUUCAUGAUGUUUCAGUUGUUAUUUCUGGAGCAUAAUGGUAUAAGUUACUUAAUCACUUAGCAAAGUAAUUAAAGUCUGUAAAAAACAAAAAAUGAUGAAUGCUUACAUUUUUGGUUAUGCUGUUCAGAAGUAUGCAUAAAAACUGGCCUGUUCAUGCUGUAACCCAGUAUCUGUUAUGUUCCCCUCGGCUAACAGAAAUUCACUGCAGAAUAACAACUUUUUUUAUUAAAAUCAGGCUGACACCAAAGCCGUGUGAACAAAUUAAAAGGAAAAGACAUACAAAUGUUUGCAAGGAAAAAAAACACAAAGUUCUUUGCAAUUAUCUAAAAUUCUAUUUUUAAAAUUAAUAUAUCAGACAUGGAACUAACUCCUACAGGUUUUUUGUGGCUUUGGCAGAAAAACCUAUCGGCUACUUAUGCUCUCUUCUUUUUGGGGUUAGGAUUGGGUAUACGGGUCAAGAUAAAAACCAUACAGAGGAAAUGUCAUCCCUAUUCCCAGAAAUGUAAAAACUGCUAUGAACCUAAUCUCAAUGUUCAAUGAACUCUGACAUUAAAUCCUUUUUCACUUAGUGCUUAUAAUAUGCACAAGUUGCAAUUCUGUGUAACAAGGUAAAAAUGUUGUAUUGGUUUUAUUUUAUUGGUACUGGGACUGUCCUGUUU